AUGGCGGUGAUGACGGAGUAUACCUACGUCUUUGCCAUAGGCACGUUCUUUGCGCUGCUCGAGGCAUACAACAAUGGUGCCAACGAUGUUGCCAACGCAUGGGCUACGUCCGUGUCGUCCCGUUCGGUGACAUAUCAGCAGGCUAUGAUUCUCUGUCUGAUCUUUGAGAUGACUGGUGCCCUCGCUGUCGGUGCGAGAACAGCCUCCACCAUCCGUAAUGGAAUCAUCCCUAUUGCAGCCUUUAACGACAAUGCCGGCGUGCAGCUCCUUGCAUUCACUUGUGCCGCUGCUGGUGCUUCUAUCUGGGUCAUGUGGUGCACAAGACACUCGGCUCACGUAUCGUCUACUUACUCGCUCGUGUCGUCCAUUGCCGGUGUUGGUGUUGCAGCGGUCGGAGCAGACAAAGUGCAGUGGGGCUGGAGCGGUGGUUCUGGUCUGGGCGCCAUCUUUGCAGGACUUUUGAUGGCUCCCGUCGGAUCGGGCAUUUUCGCGGCCAUCAUUUUCAGCUUGAUCAAAUACGUGGUGCACGUCCGUAAGAACCCAGUGCCUUGGGCGGUCUGGUCGUCCCCUUUCUUCUUCCUGAUUGCAGGUACUGUCUGCACGCUGUCCAUUGUCUACAAGGGUUCCCCCAGACUUGGUCUUGAUGAGAAGCCUGGCUAUUGGAUCGCCGGUGUUACUCUGGGAGCAGGGUUUGCGUUGGCCCUCCUUGCCGCGAUCUUCUUUGUCCCUUACACUUAUUGCAAGGUCGUGAAGAAGGACUACACCCUCAAGCUGUACCAUAUCUUCCAAGGCCCUCGCCUUUUCUGGCGACCGGCUCCUCCCGACGCAUACAAGGCCAUGGUGCCCAACUAUGCAGUGCUCCAGCACAGCGGUGAGGUAACACGCCCUGAUGAAGCCAAGAAGAGUGAGAGUGAGAGUGGCAGUGAUGAAUACACCACUGAGACCAAGGGCGGCAUCACCAGUGGUAUCUCCACUGCUGACAGCAUCGAGCCCUCCCGCCGUCCUUCCGUCAGCCCUCCUAUUAACCAGGACUCUGUUGAGCGGUCCGCGCCUACCCCCCAACAAGCUCAAGCCGAUUACAAGUUGCAACUGGCCGCCGCACGUGCUCAACACCACGCUGAACUGCGACAGAAGAAAGGACCGCUUGGAUGGGCUAUGCGGAGACUACACAGCAACCCACCAGGUGCAGGUUCCAUCUACGAGAUACACAACAUGAAAGCCCUCGUGAAGCGCCUCCCUGCAAUGGUUGUCGUCGCUGCUCUCUACGGUGUGAACUACGAUAUCCACAAGGCGCAACUCGGUGUUUUAGGCACUCCAGAAGGUCGCCGCAUGGAACGUGUGUACGAACACGCACCCAAGUACGAAAACGAGGUCGAGUAUCUCUACUCGUUCGUUCAAAUCAUCACCGCCUGCACCGCAUCCUUUGCUCACGGAGCCAACGAUGUCGGUAACGCUGUUGGUGUCUGGGCUGCCAUGUACUCUGCCUGGUCUACUAGUGAGACUGUCGGAUCGAAAGCCCCUGUGCCACUGUGGCAGAUCGCUGUCAUUGCUCUCACCAUCUGUUUCGGCUUCAUCACGUAUGGUUACAACAUCAUGCGUGUCAUGGGUAACAAGCUCACCUACCACUCACCUUCGCGUGGCUCUUCCAUGGAGAUGGGCGCUGCCAUCACCAUCCUCAUCUUCUCGCAAUACAAACUUCCCGUCUCCACAUCCAUGUGCAUCACCGGUGCCACAGUCGGUGUCGGUCUCUGCAACGGAACUUUCAAAGCCGUCAACUGGCAACGUGUGGGACUCUUGUUCUUCUCCUGGGUCAUGACUAUCCCUAUUGCAGGUCUCAUCGGUGGUCUCACCAUGGGUGUCCUCCUCAACGCUCCCAGCUAUUAG